AUAAAAAUGUCGGCUAAUACUUAAUAAUGAUCGCUUUAGUAAAGUUUUAAUGGUGAUAAUUCAGUGAGUGUUAAGAAUAAAGUAAUUCGUUUCCAUUUCAAGAUUUUAAAAUCUUUUUUGUUGUAAUAAUGAAAACUAAGCGCGAUUGCAUUGCAGUGCUAGAAUCGACGUCGGUGUAGCUUUCAUAAGUUUCUUGUGUGUGUGUGUUUGUGCAAGCGCGCCUUUAAGCAAUUGCCUGUGUGAUGGAGAUAGCUAUAGAAUGACUUGGAAGCGAAACAGAAGAAGCAGCGAUGUAAACAAACGGUACUUAAGCUGGUUAACACAGGACCAAGGAAAGGACUCGUCGUAAGGAGCAAGUUGAAUGAUUGAAAAUGCAAAUCGCAUAGAGGCAAAAAGGCAACCACAACUGACUUGCUGAACGGGGGGAGCAACAGCAACCAAUCAACACCUACAAAAGCACUUUCAAUAGCAGAGGAGCAACAGAAGAGAGGAGGUGACCUAGUGGAGCGGAGGUGGAGGAGGAGUGGCUAAAGGACAGCUAUUAAAGUUGGCGGAAAUGACACAGUCAAAAUGUAUCGCUGUAAAAAUUGGUUUUGUGCUCGCAGCAAUAACAACAACUAUGUUGAUGUGGCACUAAGCGAACCAGGCACGGGAACGGGAACAGGAACUGGAAACGCUGCCAAUGCACGUAACAACAACACUAGCAAAAGCAAUCAACCGACAAACAGAGGCAGUGGCAUCAGCAACACUAACAUCAACCACAGCACAACCAAUCAUAGUGGUGUAACAGAUGCAGAGGCAGCUGCCUCUCAUGGUGUGGCUGGGGGUGUAGGUGUGGCUGGCUCACAGGUUGCCACUGCCUCUCAUGUGGUCACCUUUCUGGAUGAUGCGGCAAGCGGCAGUAAUGGAGCCGUAACAAGCAGCCGCAUUGUAACCACUGCCGAAUUGCAUCAGGCCCAUAUGUUGGAGCAUCAUUCCAAUUUGGAUGCCAUUGAGCAGGCUGAUGAUUUUAUCUAUGGCCCUGGCGCUGGUCUUUCGCUAUGCGAUGAUAGUUUGCCAUCGGCUAAAAAUUGCUACCGUUUGGUCAUGCUUGGCUCAUCACGCUCGGGCAAAUCAUCGAUUGUGGCACGUUUCCUGGGCAAUCGUUUCGAGGAGGCCUAUACACCAACCAUUGAGGAAUUUCAUCGUAAAUUGUAUCGCAUACGAAAUGAGGUCUUUCAAUUGGACAUUUUGGAUACUUCUGGCUAUCAUCCAUUUCCCGCAAUGCGUCGUCUGUCAUUUCUAACGGGCGAUCUCUUCAUACUCGUCUUUAGUAUGGAUUCACGUGAAUCAUUCGAGGAGGUGGUGCGACUACGUGAGAAUAUAUUGGAAACCAAAUGGGCAGCCUUGAAUCCUGGUUCGGGAUUCAAAAAGAAAAGUUUACCCAAAAUACCCAUGAUAUUGGCUGGAAAUAAAUGUGAUCGGGAUUUCAAGACGGUUCAACUGGAUGAGGUAAUGGGCUAUAUUGCUGGACAGGAUAAUUGUUGUACUUUUGUCGAGUGCUCGGCCAGACAAAAUUAUCGCAUCGAUGAUUUGUUUUAUGCUCUCUUUAUGGUUUCCAAUUUGCCGCUGGAAAUGACACCAAAUCAUCAUCGUCGUUUGGUUUCCGUGUUUGGUGCCCCAUCGCCGUUGCCGCCCCACGGGGCUGGCAAUGUGGGCGGCGGCAGUGGCAAAAAGAAUGCCUUGUCCAUUAAGCGAAGGUUCAGUGAUGCCUGCGGCGUCGUAACACCGAAUGCCCGGAGACCCAGCAUACGAACGGAUCUGAAUCUAAUGCGUUCCAAGACCAUGGCACUCAAUGAAGGCGAAGGAGUGGGCAACUCCUCGAAUCGUUGGCAACGCUGCUCCCUAAUGUAAUGAAUGAGGGCCAGUGAGCCAGUGAAGUAUAUAGCAAAUGGACAACUUGUGUGAUAGAUAAGUGGGCGUGGUCGGUAACUAAUUUCUAAAUGCAGCUUUUGGGUGAUUUUUGAUAUUAAAUUAUGUAGACACAGAAACACACACACACA